AUGGAUGAUCUCGCUUUUGUCCACCGGAUGCAUCUCGCCUCCUCCACCUCCCCUUCAAGCCCUCUGUUCUCUCUCACCGCAUCCGUUUCAUCACCCUCUGCCUCACACAGAGCUUUGGUUUGCACCGCCUCCCUCUUCCACUUCACCUACUCUUCGUCCUCCUCCUCCUCCACCACCACCUUCUCACCCUCCUGUGCUCCCACCUCCGUCUCCACUUUUCACCGCUGCUACCUCCUCAUCCUCCUAACUGGCCAAUCGUCCCUAUUGUAG